AUGCGACUGAUGGAGCUUGACGCCUCAGAGAAGACCCGCAAAAACGCCUCUUGGAGCCCGGAAUCUCGCUCGAACUUCCGCGACCAGUGGAAGCGCAACGUGGAGAUCCUGCGAGAUGGCGCGAGAUGCAUCACCAGAAGAUCAGCUUGCGUCAAACCCCAUACAUGCUGCACCGAUGAUACGCUAGGUUGCCACUGCCAGAAUGUACGCAAGUACUGUACGACAAUUUCUGCAGCGAUGUCGAUCUCCGCAGCUUUCUGUAGGAAACCAAAAAAAAAUCCGGGCACCUGA